AUGAUUUCUGGACUUACAACGUCAGUUUUGCGAACAGGUAUCGCUCGUAUGCCACGCGCCAUGGUGGCUGCUAGCCGCCCGGUGCGUAUGUACCACGAAAAGGUGCUUGACCACUACAACAACCCACGCAACGUCGGCUCGUUUGCCAAGGGUACCAAGGAUGUCGGUAUCGGCCUCGUUGGUGCACCAGCAUGUGGCGAUGUUAUGAAGCUGAGCAUCAAGGUCAAUGAAGAAGGUGUGAUCGAAGAUGUCCGCUUCAAGACAUUUGGCUGUGGCUCUGCCAUCGCCAGCUCGAGCUUCAUGACGGAGCGUGUGAAGGGCAUGACGCUGGAUGAAGCCGCGGCCAUCAAAAAUACCGAAGUGGCACGCGAGCUCUCGCUUCCACCUGUAAAGCUGCACUGCUCCAUGCUUGCUGAGGAUGCCAUCAAGAGUGCUAUCAAAGACUACCGCAAGAAUCGUCUGGAGUCUGGUAACACAAAACAGGGCCACAUUGAGAUUAUGCAGGAUGCUGCCACCGGUCAGACAACUGCUACCCCUCAUGUUGGAUCCGGUACUGUAUAA